AUGAAGUUCAUCACCAUGCUCGUUGCUGCCCUUGCCGGCACUGCCUUUGCCGCCCCCUACAAGAGAUCCGUCCUCGGUGAGGUGACCAACGUCCUGAGCGGUGUUACUGCCAAAACCGGUGCCAGUCAGCUCGAGAGCCAGCUCCAGGGCGUGUUUGGAGGUUCGUUUGCUCAGGUGGAAAAGGCCCUUGGCGGCGUUCCUCUGGCCAACAAGCUCCUGGAUCUGAUCCACGGCGGCCUCAAGCCUGCUGCUGCCCAGGCCAUCGGCCAGGCCCUCGCCAUGGUCCAGUCUGGCCUCCCGAUCGACGCUGUCAAUGCCUAUCUCAACAAGGCUACCGGCGGCGCUGUUGCAAAUCUCGAGAACACUCUUGGCGCCAGUGAUUUGGUCGGCGGCCUGACCGGCGUCACCGGCUUGGUGAGCGGGUUGGUCGGCUCCGUGUAA